AUGGAAACGCCGACCACAGAAAUGAAAAAUACUGAAUCACGUCCGUCCGAAUCGACGAACCAUCAAAUGUUUUUACCCAAUUAUCCCUACUUGGUACAAUCCAAAGAAGAAUCGCAGCUCCAGAAGAUCGAAUGUCCGAUUGUAGAAAAUGUUUAUUAUUGCCAAUUGGAAUCUACCCCGAAGGACCAAUGCACCCUCGAACUUCUAGAUGGACAAUCACCUCAACGUUGCCCAAUCGUUGAAGUCAACAUUCAGAACUCCAUAAUACAACAAAUCACUAGAGACGAAAUUUUAGUGAUCCCGUCAACAAAACUGAAAAUUCUGUCAAAAUGCCAACGGAACCAAUACUUAGAAAUCAUGCAACCUUCGUUGAUCAAUAUUCCCAAACAUUGCACAAUUUUUAUAAAUCAGAUGCAAUUCAACAACAAUGAAGAAAUUCAAGAAGGAAAACCAAUAAUAUUACCAAAAUUGGAGAUAGUCAACAUUCAAGAUCAUCAGGAAUACCCGGCUACCAAUAUAUCAGAUAUCAAUUUCGAUGGUUUGUUCGAGAUCAACAAGAUCGCCAAGCAGCUGAAACCCAUCCAGGAUGUCAGCAUCACCUACAGCAAUAACACACCGGUCAUAGUGACAACUACAGUGUUUUUCAUAAUCGGAACAUUAGUGAUUGGACUAAUAAUUUUCAGAAAAACAUUAAUGAGACGCAAAGUGCGAAAAGUGCGGGAAAGUGAUGAAAAUCGCAAAAAUGACUCCGUAAUUUUUUCAUCUUAA